UCAUUAUUCGUUUUGUUUUGAUAAGACGCAGAAGUGGAAGAUGAGUAAUUUAUACGAAAACAUAAAACUAAGAAAAUCUCUACAAAUCUUUAAGAAAAAUUUAUAAAUAUAAUAAUAACGAAGAACAAGUUCAUAUAAAAAAAAACCAUUAAAGACGCCAAUAAGUAGUUUUUGAAAAUCCGGACUUUUUUCGCAACAACCUAUUUGAAACAAUAUCGAAUUUUCUUAUUAUUGAUUAAAAAAAAAAUAAAUUUUAAAUAUACAAUAAAAGAAGGAGAGGAAAACCAUGUCCUCCUCCAAGACGGCGAUGGUAAAUUAUAUGGAUAUGACAACAAUUGAACCACAAGAACGUAUGAGCUAUUUAGUCCAGCACGGCAAUAUGAUUGAAGUGGAUCCAAAACAAUCAAUUUUGCGGUACUUCCGCUCAGGUCGUGAAAUGGUGCGCAUGGCUAAGGUUUAUGUGGCUGAAGGCAAUCAUGAGAACGCUUUCAUUUUAUACAUGAAAUAUUUGACAUUGUUUGUUGAAAAGAUACGUAAACAUCCGGAUUUUGAAAGCAAGCGUGCCGAAAUGAAAGACAUUAAUAAAUUGAUCAAAGAGGAAAUUAUGCCCAAAUCCGAGAAAUUACGUCAAAAACUACUGAACCAUUAUCAAAGAGAAUAUGAACAAUUCUUAGCGAAUAAAGAGGCUGAACGCAUACAUGAACUGGAACGCGAGCGGGAACGACGUAAACGGGAGGCACGCGAUUGUAAUAAAGUUGGCGGCUAUAGUUUAAUACCUGCAAAUCUACAUGUCCAAAUUGAUCCCAAUGUUCAGCCUAGUGCCCCGGAUAUGAAAUUACUCGAUCAAGUGGUUUAUCCUAAUGAUUUUCCAAUGGGCGGUCAACGAUCCAAUUUGUCAGACGGAGGUCUCCUAUUAUCGGUUGAAACGGAUUUUCGUGAUGAGAACGACAAACGUACAAACCAAAAGCCACAAUACGAUCGCUCAGAUUCACUGCUGGCGGGUUCUUUGCGUACCGUUAUUAUACCACAGGACACAAUGGAGGUGUUUCUUCAAUUGGCGCAGAGGAAUACAGAUAAAAAUAUAGAGACUUGCGGUAUAUUGGCCGGUCGUUUAUCUCAAAAUCGUCUAUACAUUACGCAUGUCAUAAUACCGAAGCAACAUGGGAAUGCUGAUUCGUGCACCACGAUGAGUGAAGAGGAAAUAUUUGAUGUACAAGAUCAAAAAAAUUUAAUUACUUUAGGUUGGAUACAUACACAUCCGAGUCAAACAGCAUUUCUAUCUUCGGUGGAUUUGCAUACGCACUGUUCAUAUCAGUUAAUGAUGCCUGAGGCUAUAGCCAUAGUUUGUGCACCAAAAUAUCAAACUAAUGGUUUCUAUAUACUUACACCAACAUAUGGUCUGAAUUUUAUUGCUGAAUGUCGUGAAACGGGUUUUCAUCCUCAUCCCAACGAUCCACCGUUAUAUAUGGAUGCGCAACACAUACAAAUGGAUCAAAAUCAAAAAAUUCAAGUCGUCGAUUUACGAAGAUAGUUUGAGGAAUUUUAUGUUUAGAGAAAUAACAAAAAGACAAAGACAAAAAGGAUAUUAUUGAAAGAGCUAUCUACACAAAUACUAAUAAUUGGAAAUAUUUAAAUUUGAAAAAACAAAAACAAUUUGGACGAAUGAUUGAGAAGAAAAAACCUGGAAAAUUGAUUUCAAAGCAUUUAAAAUUGAACAAUGCUUUUUUUAAAUAUUACUAAAAAAAAUAUAUAUAUAUAAUGAAACAUUUGGCAAAAAAAGAAAAGAAAAAGAAAACACACAUACAUAGAGAUAAUGCAAUGAUACUGAUGUAACAAAAUCAGUAAAUAAACGAAAUAUUUUUGGAAAAAAUUUUUAUGCUAUUUAAGAAGAUGAAGAAGAAGGAGAAAUAUAAAUUAACAAGCUUAUGAAAAGUGAAAACAUGUUCUAUCUAAAAACUAACGAAAAUCACUCUUAAGAAGCUUUAAUUUAGUUUGACUAGGCUCUAAACUUUUGUUACCUAUAAUUUAGUUUGUGAAACUAUCGGAAAUCAAAAUAUAUUUAAUUAAGUAUUAUUACUAAUUGUGUUUAAUAGAUAACUCGUACACAUAUUCAUUCAUGUACAUAUACGUAUAUAUAUACAUAUAUAUAUAUAUGAUGUCGCCUUCUAUUACUUGUUGUAGACUUUAUGAAAACACGCUUUUACAUUAACCGCAUUUUAUCUUUUGAAUUGAAUAUGAUAACUAUUUUUUAAACUAAAUGUACAUUUAAUUCUUUAAACAAAAUCCUUCUCAAUUGUGUACAUAGAAAAUGGAACUAUCAUGCAAUAAAAGU